AUGAAUGAUGUACCAUAUGUAUUGGCAGAGUCAGGGAGGGACGCUGCUAAUGAGGAUGAACUUACCCAGAAUGAUUUGGAGGACCACAUCCCACAGCUGAACGACAUUCUCAAAACCAGCUUCAUUUCGCCCCACGAGUCUCACUUUUCGCACAUUCUCUCGCGGAACGAGAGGGACGUAGUCAGCGAUCACCGCUUCGAGCCAGUGGCGGUCCAGAGACUCAGGAUCAGGUCGAGACACCAGCAGCGCCAGAGAAGGAAAAGGAUUGGGAGUAGGCUUCGCCAUUCCCUCUCGGGACUUGGCAGCCCAGCUCGCACUCUCCCUCCGGUGAAUGAAGAAGAUGGGGUAGGAGAAGUGGAUUUUGUUGGGGAGGAGACGGACAGCAAACCUCAAGAGGUAGUUGUUGAGCUACAUGAGGAGAAGGAGGAGGAACGAGAGUGGCCAGAGGAGGGACUAGGGAACGAGUCUCCAGGUGUUGGCCCCAUACCCAUCUCCACCGGCCCUGACCCCAUGGAAACAGAACUCUAACAAUGACACUACUGUCCACCUUACUACUGGCCUCUUUUUUUUCAAUUUUGAAUGUUUCAAUCACAAUUAAUAAAUUGCAU